CUGCACUUUCCUCACGCUGACACAGCAUGAGGAAAGUACUGCCGAUGACCGGCAAUUGUCAGAGAAGUGAUCGGCACUGAUCAUCAGGGCACUGAUGAUCAGUGCCCAGCACCUGUGCCACCCAGCUGUGCUCAUCAGUGGUGCCCACCUGUACCCAUCAGUGGCACCUACCUGUGCCCAUCAGUGCUGCCCACCUGUGCCCAUCAGUGCCACCCACCUGUGCCCAUCAGUACCGCCCACCUGUGCCCAUCAGUGCCACCCACAUGUUCCCUGUAGUGCCACCCACCUUUGCCCAGCAGUGCCUAGCAGUGCCACGCACCUGUGCCCAGCAGUGCUGCCCACCUGUGCCCAUCAGUGCUGCCCACCUGUGCCCAUCAGUGCCACCUACCUGUGCCCAUCAGUGCCACCCACAUGUGCCCAGUACAGUGCCACCCAUCAGUGCUGCCCAGUAGUGCCACCCAUCAGCGCUGCCCAGCAGUGCCUAUCAGUGCCUAUCAGUGCUUCCUAUCAGUGCCCAUCAGUGCUGCCUAACCAUGCCACCUCAUCAGUGCCCAUCAGUGCUGCCUAUCAGUGCCCAUCAGUGCAGCCUCAUCUACGCACAUCAGUG